CAGAGAGGACGUCAAAGGUGCGUCAAAGGCGCUGCUGUCACUGCUGGUGUUGGCGGUGCUGCAUUUACAGGUUGAGCAAUGAAAGGGUGUGGCAUCUGGUCGCGUGCUGCAGCUCGUAACUGGUAGUCUUACCUUGAGAGUCCCAUGGCAUCAUGAAAAGGCGCGGGGGCGGAAUUGUACGCACAAUGCGAGCACGACAAGAUAUUUGAUCUAGACUGCCAAGAAUACAUUGGGGCAUCACUCAGUACUUUUACACGGUUGCUGUUAGGCAUGGAGGUCAGUCAGGGCACCCGUGAUCAGCACGAAGGGGAGAGCCGGUUCAUUCACCUGUUGCAGCCCAUCCGGGACCUGGCCGGCAACUGGAACAUAGACAUUGCGGCUGAGCUUUCGGACUACUUGGAGGAGUUGGAGUCAAUUACCUUCUCCUUCGAUGGAGGCCACAGUACCCUGAACUUUGCAGAGGCGGCCCUGGUAAUCCAAGGCUCAGCAUGCAUCUACAGCAAGAAGGUGGAGUCCCUCUAUGGUCUGGUCUACCAAGCCCUGGACGUCAUUGCAAAGAAGAAGCGAGCAGAGGAAGCGGGGGCUGACUUGGAAGCCAGCGGAAAUGCGAUCCAGGAUGAAGAGGAGGAAGAGGAGGCGCGCUUCUUGCUGCUGGAUGACAUCCCAGAGGGCACGGGCAUUGACCUGGAUGAGGUGGCGGAUGAGGAGAACCCAAUUUUCACCGCAGCGACAAGGGGGCCUCCCGCAGCAUUGCUGGCUAUGGAGGAUGAGCGAAUGGGGCCAGGGGGGCCAGGCAACAUGGGGGGCGAAGCGGCCGCAUACAAGAUCAACAGCUGUACCGUGCACUCUUCGGGGGCUCUGCUGCUCGACCCCCGGGAUGGUGACUUGCUGGAUGACCAGCUGAUGCCUAUCAGUUUCCGAGCGUCACCACCAAGCUUGCAUCCAGAGGGUUGGAGUCCUGCCAAAACGGCACCCCAGAAUGGCGGCGUGGAUGAGGCCACUGAUCACAUGGAUGACGAUGACAACGACUUUGGGGGCGGCGGCGACAACUGGGACGGUCCAACAGGGGAUCCCCCAGGACAGGAGGAGGCGGCCCUAGGCGUUGCGGACCCAGCCCCAGGCCAAGCUGGUGCUGUUGACCCUGGUAUGCAGACCAGGGGGGCCAUGCAGCACGGAGCACCUGUUCAAGCUGAGCAGCAGGAAGAAGAGAUCAACCCGUGGAAGCAGCUAGACCCCCAUGAUCCAGGGACGGCGGUCGUCCGGCCGUACAAGAGAGGCCGCCCGGUCCGCCGUCCCCAAGCCAAGCGCUCUGCCGCAGUGCCCGCCAAGGCGCCCUACGCUCUCGCUCCUGCCAGGGGCGUUUUCUUCCCGGAGUUUGCCGCCGCAUUCCAAGCUAGGCUGCGGGCUGAGAGGGUAUCACGGAGAGAAGGGGCCGGAAACAGGGCAACUUACAGAGGCGACUUCGCAGCUUUCGGCGAAGUGGCGGGAGAACAGGAGAAUGUGUUGGGCAGUGGCGAUGAUUGGCAUGCCGCAGGGGGGGGGGAUGACGACGACUUCCCGGAUGGGGGGGACGACUACGAGCCAGUGGAUGCCAUUGAGAUGGGCGACGGAGGAGAUCGCCCCUUCUACUUUGGCGCGGACAGCGGUGCAGUAGGCCCACCGGGAGAAGCCGAGAAGACGUACGAGGACCUGGUCAGAGAGCACAUCGACGCGAUGCUGAAGGCCGCCGCAGCGGCGGAGGUGCAAACCGACCUGGCCGCCCGGGUGGCCACGUGGAAGCACAAGAUCGAGCCGGUGCUCCAGGAACAGGAUGCUCGCCCGGAGUUCGACAUCCACCUGUACGGCGCGCGAGUGCUGGACGCGGCCACGGCGACGGCUGGGCCCCCGUCCGAGGACGAGCGCGCGCUGACGUCAGCGGAAGUGGUGGUCCCGUUUACCGAGGUAGUGAAGGGGCAACCGAAGCACGAGAUCUCGCGCCUCUUCGCGGCCAUGCUGCAGCUGAUCAACAACGGCAACCUUUCAGUGCCCGACGAGGGUGCCUUCGCGGUGUUCGACUCGGCGCACCCGUUCCGGCUCAAAGUCCUGAGCCUCCACAAACCGCACGAGGACAUGCUCAACUACCGAGCGCCUUCCAUGCUGCCCGGGGAAGCGUCCCCGGGGCUUGAACUGGCCCACAACAGCCCGGCGAAAGCGGCCGGGGGAAAGAAGAAGGGAGCAGCCGGAAGGAAACGGGCGGAGAAGGCAACGGCAAGCAGAGCGCUGGUCGAAGAGCCCGCGGCAAGUCUGGGACAAGUAGAGGAGGCGCCGGGUUUGGCCGCAACCGAGGAAGACCGGGCGGUUGUGUCAGAGUCCCGGGCGAGAACGGGUGGGGUUCAGAGGAAGGGCCGGCGAGUCAAGCCCAUCCAGGAGGUUGGCACGCAAGGGUCGAGCUUAGAAAACGGGGAGCCUGAGGCUAGGGGAACAGCUAACCCGGAGGUGACUCCAAGGGUCAAGGAGCCGGUUAGGCCUGCUGGGACCCAAGGGUCUGGGCUAGCGACCCAGGUAUCUGGGUUAGCGACUCAACCGUGGGAAGCUCCCACUCAGCAGAGCGAUUUGGCCACCCAGGAAUCCGGGUUAGCAACUCAACCGGAGAUUGUUGCAAGUCAACGGGCAAGGGUUCUCAAGAUUGUCAAGGGGUCAAGUGCGCAUCCGUCCCGGGUCUCCUCCUCCCAAGUUUCGGGGCUGGCUUCUCCACAGCCCACCAGAACGGCUGGUGUGAAAAGGCUCCAGAGGUCGCCUCGUGCCCAGGUGUUACGUGCUAGGCCCAGCCAGGCGUCUGGCUUGACACAAGCCGGAGGCAGACAGGGGAACAACUUCUUGGUGUCAGUUGACGAGAGUAGCCAGUCAUUAGCGGGGGGAUUGGGUGUCACCCCCGAGAAGGGUGUGGCCAGGUUAGAAAGGAUGUCAAUAAUGCCGUAUGGUCUGUCGCCCUCAGCGGAGAUCGAGAACGCAGCCAGCCAGGCUGCCAGUACGCCUGGAAAGGGGACGCCUGACGGCAAGAAGAGGAAGAAGUCGAUAAGGCCACAGCGGCCGCCCUUCCGGCCUGUGUAAAUUCAAAAAGGCACCUUUUGAAAAAACGAGGAACCAGGAACCACACUGUUGCAUUCACAAGUUUGUAAAGCGUCACCCUCAAAAUACCUUGUUAAAAGUCCAAUUCAACAGAUUGCUU